AUGGCCUCGACGGCUUCCGGCACGGGCGUCAACCCAUACACGAACCGGCCGUACUCGAGGCGGUUCUACGAGAUCCUCGAGACGCGCAAGCGGCUGCCCGUGUGGGAGCAGAAGGACGAGUUUUUCGAGAUGAUGCGCAAGAACCAGACGAUGGUGCUGGUUGGCGAGACGGGCUCGGGAAAGACGACGCAGAUCCCGUCGUUCAUGGUGGACACGGGCGUCACGCGCGGCAAGCGCAUGGUCGCGUGCACCCAGCCGCGCCGCGUCGCCGCGAUGUCGGUGUCCAAGCGCGUCGCCGAGGAGAUGGACGUCGAGCUCGGCGAGGAGGUGGGGUACACCAUCCGGUUCGAGGACAUGACGGGCACAAAGACGAUCCUCAAGUACAUGACCGACGGCAUGCUGCUGCGCGAGGCGAGAUGCCACGCUCAGACCGCUCGCCCACCGGGCCUUGUCUAUUAUAGGUACGCAGCCGUGAUCCUGGACGAGGCGCACGAGCGAACUCUCUCGACCGACAUUCUCUUCGGCGCCGCCGAGGAG